CCACUUGCUGAAGAGAGAAGAAAGAAGACCCAGAAGGCAAGACCGAAGUAGAAGCCGGGGACCAUGGCUGCAGCGGGUGUUGCUGCGGGGGCCGCUCCACCGAGUCCCAUGGACCCCCAUUGUGCCUGCCGACGCCAAGCUCAAGCACCGACGCUGGACAGGUUCCUCGCCUACAUCCAGGGGCAGGUGAACCUCGCAUGCGGGCUGUUCCCCGUCGACGUCUCGUCAGCCAGGGAGCGCGUUACCAACGACCAACGCCCCGGCUACUGGAUAUCCUGGGUCCCCAUCCAUGGCAGGGGCACCCCGGACCCCCAUCCUGAUGCAAGCGAACCCGCCAUCAAGAACGUCUACCGACGCCUGGAAAUCUUCUGCCGCAACGUGGGAGUCGGUGAACCUCGGAGCGGCUGCAGGUACACCGAGCCAAGGAAGGUCGUCCCAUUCCGGGGACGGGUGCGGUACCGCGUGUCAGCGGCGCCCAACUUCGCGCCACCAGACCCAGCCCUCCCUGCACCUCGCCUACGAGACAUCCCCCGGCCGCAGCUGUUCCGCCUGGAGGAGUGGGAACUGGAAGGGGACACAUGGAGAGCCUGGUGCUCAACGACCUGCAAGGACUGCGCGCCAACCAGCGUCUCGGCCUUGAACGUGCUCCGGCAAACGCCCACAACCUUUUGAGUUCUCCCUAUGGAACGGCCCUCGUCUGCGCCCUCGCGGACCCACCUCCGGGAGCAGUCCCACGGCCCCACACUCAUCGCGAGCCGCGAGCCGUCGCCAUGACGGGCACACCGUGCCCCGCGGGCCAUAAGUCGCCGAGUCCUACACA